GGUGUGGUAGUUCACUCCCACAGAGAUGUGGGUCUGGUAUAACAUGUUUCAAGAAAGGAAGUGUAACUAUUCUUAUGACACACACACACACACACACAGUCUCUCUCUCUCACACACAGAUUUAUUUAUUGAGUAUUUAUUAUUGUAUUAGUCGUACAGUUGGAGUCCAGAGGUCUGUGAGAGGAACCGGAGGACGGGAAAGACACCAGAUCAGAGGAGACUCCCGGAUUAAAGGAUCGGAUCGGAUCACCUGAGAUAAAGGAGUCGAGUUGUUACGAGACAUUAAACGAGCACUCUGGAAUUUCGUCCGUCUCCUCCCACAAACCCUGAGCAGUGUAAAAAAAAUGACCCACGAAGCGACCCCCAGCACACCGCUGACCGCAGCAACCAACUCGACCUUGGUGGACGUGGAGAAAGGAUCUGAUGAUCAACACCUCCGAGUCAGAGACUACAGGAAGUUGGCCAUCUGCAGCAUCAUAUGCGGCUUGUCCUGCGUCGGCAUCGUGUCCCUCAUCUAUUCAGUUAAGACCCGAGAGCAAAACAAGACGUCCGAAGGUAAACCUUCGCAGAAAGCGAAAGAAUAUUCCAGAAAAACCUUAUACUGGGGAGUAGGAGCCUUAGUGGCGUUGCCGUUGCUCAUUAUCCUCAUCAUACUGCUGCUGGGACUGCUCUCGUACCUGCUGACGUUUAUAAACUAAAACACAGCAGCGGGAAAUGACAGACAUCUGAGCCUUAAAAGAAAUCUCAGCUCGGAGACUCACAAACCCCCAAAAAAAACAAAAAAACAAAAAAAAAAAAACCCAGACAGACUCAGGGCCACGGAGCUCCAGAGCUGAGACACACAGGCCUGAGAAUCCCUGAGAAUGGUGCCAUGAGACCACAAGACUACUGCAAACAAAAAGUGCAAGACAAUAUGGAAGCAUGAGGUGUGAAGCUGAUGAAACCUUGAAACAUCAAACAGAGAAACUCAAGCAAGAGCAUCAACAAGAACUGGACACAAACAGCAUUAAUGAUGGACCGAUUCCAUCCCCAGCACCAAAACCACCACCAGCAGGUCCAGUUCUUCUUCUCAGGAGAAAUAUCUUAAAUUUUUCAAUCAGACUUUUGGAGUCAGUUCCAAAAUCCAAUCACUUGAUAUAAACUAGUUUUUGAGAGAUCUCAAAGGACAUUUCAGACUGGACAACAGAAUUUGGACAGUGCAUAAGGUCUCAAACUUUUAACAGUGGACCCACGAAACUCAAAACAAAAGCCUUUAGGCAUGAAAUGAUCCCAGAAAAGUCUGACCGUGACGAAGACGGGUCUGAAAAACUGCAGACAACAGGAGCAUCCAGAAGAUCACGAUAAACAUGCAUUACUCAGCAUCGAAUACAUAAAUCUAUUUAAAAAAAUUUAUGAUGGACCAAACCACUCGACUUUGGAAAUCUGGACUCUGGGUUUUCACUGUGAUAGAAAUUCUCCCAGAUGACCAGCGAGCAUUAAUGUUAUUGUUUCUACAUAUUAUAUUUGCAUUACGAGUUACAGGAAGUGUCUUUAUACAAGAGAACAAGAUGUAUUUUUUUUAUUACUUUUCACGUAGCUGUUACAAGUUUUAUAUAAAAGCUCAUCUCAAAUCCCGUACUGUUCCAAACACAUCGAUGUGCCUGAGAGACAUUAUCGAUGUGAAGGCGUCUCGAACGCGAUGCUUCUCCCGAACAACCCGAAUACAGGUGCACUCUCAAAAAUAAAGAACCCGAAAAGAGGUUUUCACAUAUUCCCAGUAUCAGGUUCUUAAUGGAAACGGUUUCAUAGAUGUUUAAAGGUUCUUUAUAGAUCAACAAACAUCUACUUAACUCUAUUUAGAGCACAUACACCUGGACUUUCCUCCCGUUUUGUUGACGAUUGAAGGUCUUCGUCAUGUCCCAGCUCCACAGUGGUGGUUAAUAUGAAGCUCAUAUGAAAGCAGACACUCAGGAAGUUGUCGUGUUUCUGAAGGAUUUUUUACACAGCCUACUAGGGGUGAUGUAUUCAUAGAAAAGUUCCAGGUUAAUUUUUCCCACACACAAACGUUGAUAUCGAACCCAUUUUCUCUUCUUUAUACUGAAUGAAAACGUCCCAGGAUCCCAUUUCCCAUCGGGACGCUAUAACAGAAAGAGUUGAACCUUUAUUUUUGCGAGUGUACGUCGUUGUUGUUUAUGACAGUAUAGCAUACAUGUUUUGUGUACAGUAUUAGAUCACGUCGAGAUACCCCCCCUCCCCCUCCC